CCAACUAAUUGCAAUUUACACACACUACAUUGAGUCAGUUCGAGUGCAACUGUUGCGGGAGCAGCUGGCGAAAAUCAUGGAAAAACUAUGGCUAUUGCUGGGACUAAUCAGUUUAGUUGAAUGUUCCCGAAUAAUUCCUCCGUUGUACAGAUAUGAUGACCAUGACGGAUGUCACGACACGGGAGCUUAUUGUUUCGUCAGGAUAGUCUUCAAGCAGGAUCGCGAUCCGUUUGACUCGUCACGGAUCACCACUGAUUUCAGACGCAAUCUACUGGAUUGGGGCAUUUGCAUCAAGGAAUGUCAACGCGAACUGGAACAGUUUGACGAGGAAGAUCGCCAAAGCUUGUUUCAGCCAAAAUUUGAAAUCAAUUUUACGUACAUCGUUCCGGCGGACCUUUGGGAUCAGUAUUUGGAUCCGUUCAAAGUCAACUACAGCGAAUUGAUCAACAUUUGCGUGAAUAACCGUCUGAAACGGGAUUACAACUUUGACCGUCUGGCCUACUCCGAAAUCGAAUACUGCCAAGAUGUGCCAGGAACGUCGAGAAGCACUCCAGGCUGGUCAGUAAUAGCGUUCUAUGCAAUCGUUCUGGCGUUGGCCAGCCUUCUGAUCUAUGCCAACGUAAUUGACUGGCUUGGCGAGGAUCGGCUCGAAGGACACGUAAUUGUUUCGUCAUUCUCAGUGCGACGCAAUUGGACUCUGUUGACGAAACAGUCUAGCAGUGACCUGUACCGGGACUUUGGUUACAUCGAUGGAGUUCGGGUGAUUCUAAGUCUGUUGGUGAUGAGUAUACACUACUUGAUACUGAUAGUGGCGAUCCCAUUGAAGAAUCCAGAGUAUAUUGAGGAGGUUGUGAAGAAUCUCUUUAUGGUAGACAUUGUUACGAGUUCAGCUGUCCUUGUUCAGAUAUUCUUCGCAAUCAGUGGACUUCUUCUCACAAUCUCCGUGCUUAAAGACGGCGAUCAUAAUCCUAUUUAUGACCUUCGAUAUGCCAGAAACAAGAUCAAAGCCCGUCUAAUCCGUAUUGUUCCCGUGUACUUUUUCUUUAUGUUAGUAUCGAUCGUAAUUCCAGACCUUCCGGAAGUGCACGUGGGUCCUGUUGGAUACAAAGCGCUUAUCCAAGAGCAAGCUCGAUGCCGCAAGAAGUGGUGGAUAAAUGUUCUAUUUCUAAACAAUCUUCCACCAUUUGGUGGUCAAGUAUGCAACCAGCAGGGUUGGUAUUUAGCAGCUGAUCUGCAGUUAUUCGUUGUAGCGUUGGCGAUCGUGAUAGCCUGUUGGAGGUACCCCAAACACGCAAAAAAUCUGUUGAGCAGUUGUGUUGUUGUUGGGUUAGUGAUUCCUAUUGGAAUUGUGUACCUUUUAGGGCUGGAGUCAGCACUUCCAUUUAGGCUAAGCGAUGCUCAGUUUCUGCAUAUGUACCAAUUAUGGAUCAAACAUGUGUACGUGCCUAGUUAUUCCAACAUUACUAGCUAUUUAGCUGGAGUGGUAGUCGGAUACGUUUAUCACCAAAACAGACACAAUAAUUUGAACCUCGACGAUUUUUGGGUACUUUUACUAAGCUUGUUGAAGGACAUUAAAGAAGUUCCCAUAAUUUUUCAGAUUUACAACAUUAUUAAACGAGCUCGCGUCCCACUGCUAGCUCUUGCAUACCUUCCAACGUUCGUUUUCUACCGCUACGAGAUUCCCCGUUCAUCCUGGUUGACCAUAAUCCACACCGUCCUGUACCGAAACGCAGGUGUUAUCGCUUUUUGUGUAACGCUUAUCGAGUGCUUCCAAAAUUCUCCAGGCACCAUCCGCACCUUUCUCGCCUCCAAACCGAUGACCAGCAUGGGUAAACUGAGUUUCGCCGUGUACGUGCUGCACAUUCCCAUGAUACGAAUCGUUCUGAACUGGAUCCCUCCCACGCUGGAGCUGACAUGGUCGAGUCCGGUUUGGAUGGUACCAUCCUUUGCUGGUAUCUAUUUGAUUGGACUUUGUGUUUAUUUGUGCAUCGAGCAACCCGUUAGUCUGGUGCUGAAACACUAUUGGUUGGGCAAGAAUUGA